GCGCGAGCCCGAAACUCGUAAAGCUCGUGCUAAAGUCGAGCUUGAGUGGGAGAAUGAUGAAGAUACGUGGCAAAAGUGGAAGGAAAAAGUUACGGACACCAUCGUUAUAAAUAUAAUAAGUAGGGGUUGUGACAACGAGUGUACGGUUAACGCCGGGCGGAAGAAGCAAGAAAAUAGACGACACGUGAUACAGGUAACAGGUGUGCGAAGGCUUGAGGUAAUCAUCGGGCAAACUACGUCCCGAUAACACGUGAGCUGAAAAGCAGAGGCUAACUGGAAUGGGUCUGAAACCACAGUACGGAGGCUGGGCGGUCGUCGCUCUCGUAAUAGCAUUGGUCAUUGUCGUUGCAGGAGCAAUUUUCACGCUCUGUCGAAGGCGGUUCGAGUGGCAAUGGGGGAGAAGAAACAUCUGGAGCAUCUGCCAAGAGUGGCGUCAGAGAUUGUCCUGGUUGUGGGCACCGAGGGAAGAGAAGGUUGGCCUAGUUAAAGCGCAGCAUCCGACGGCUCAAACCGUGCCGGGACUCUAUCGACAGCCGGGGAAUACUUCGCAGAAUCUCCUUCAUAGCGAGAGCGACCUCAGGCUGGACGCGCAGGGAGCUUUCACGAGGUUGGUCAAGAAUUUAUCCUCCCUCGCUCCGCAUUCCAUUUCCAAUGCUCUCAAGUCCGUGCCGCGCCUUUCGUGCACAGGCUGCCGCGUGCGAGAGCUUAAGAAUACCACAAACUGCGCUCCUUUCGCUCCGGUAUUAAUCGCGAUGAAAAAUUUCAAGCGGAUCGUAUAUUAUCAGACCAGUAUAAAACGAAGGAAUCCCGCGAGAACUCAAGCGUUUUUCAUUUCAAGAUUCGAAGCGGUGGACCGAGACCUCCAUCCCCCACUGGGAAGCGCCAACGCGAUUCCGCCGCAGCCCUUGAGACCAGCCCCCCAGCCGAGGGCAACAGGGCGCCCGAGACCUUCCCCGCUCCAAGCGCCAACAGCGGCCUCCGAGUACAUGAGAAUGAUGCACGAGAGCGGUCCAGGACCGCUGACGCCUCCGCCGGUGCCACCGGUGCCGCGUCUUCCUGGGCCCGUGGCUCUCCGAGCCCCCCCAACCGGCGGCUCGGUUUUCCUCUUUCAGCAGCCUGACGAAGACCCAUCGAUCUACGGCAACAACAACCCCUACAAGCUGUCCAACGUGUCGAGCCAAUCGAGCGAGAGCCUGCGUUUUGAUUCGAGAACACCGCGUUCCGUAGUACCGGAAAGCAUCCAGUCCUCUGGUCACGCGAUGAGCAAGUCCCUCGGUAAAUCGAGGUCCCGGCUCCCUGGAAUGAACUUCGACUCGAGGUACGAGAAUCGGAAUUGCGAGGAUGAGGCCAAUGAGGCUGACGACGACGACGACGGCGAGGACGAUGGAGAGGGGGAUCACGAGCGGCGGGAAGCUCAGCGACGCGACAACCCAACUGCGAGGGACGUCUACGGGAGCGCGAGGUCGAACAGAAGCGAAAUCGGAAGUUACAGGCAGUUCGACGUGGCACCCAAAGACGUACCCGUCGGCGUUAGAUACGCUUUGUCGUCGAACGGCCAAGUCUUCGUCCAAGAAAAAUCGUCGUUGAAACCACUAGGAGUGAAUAACAACGCGGAUCGAGAUUCCCCGCCUCUUGACUCAAGCUGCGACGCCGUAAACGAAAUAAACAAUUUGCAUCAACACGCGACAAAGAACGGCCGCGUCGACGGCAUCGAUCUCCACAACUCGAGCGCCCAUCGCACCAUCAUGGAAUCUAUUUACGGCCCUCAGGCAAUGCUCGCGAAGCUUCAUCUCCAAAAUUCGGACAACUGGCCAAUCGACUCGCGUUCGAGAAGCUCCGACGAGUCACCCCAGAGUAUCGAGAUGACGCCUUAUCUCCAAAAGUCCAGCAGUUUCGACAAGGACGAGCAACAUCCGCGCUCCGAGUCCCGCGACAUCUUGGCCAAAGUUCAACAGAGAGUCUCGCAGUACAUCGAGAGCCUGCCCGACCUUGCGGACGUUUAUGACACCGCGAGCACCGAGUCGUCCUCGGUCGGAGUUCCAAGCUCGAGGCAAGACGAACAAGAGACGAUUUACCGCAGACUCGAUGAUCUCCACCACGAUUACCACAAGGAUGUAACGAGUAUCGAUCGCGGGACAAACCAAUUGACGUCCGACAGCCCCCCACCUCCGCCACCAGCCCCACCCGAUGUCGCUCGCGAUCUCAUCGGACAUAACAGCGCCCCGACUACCGGAGAGAGAAUAUUCAGUGCCCUUAGAUCCGUCACGUCCCAGAGUUACAUCGACGCUUCGGAAUUUUAUAACUCCGUACGCUCCUCGGCGCAGCAGCAAGUGCCUCGCUUCUCCUUCCCGACAAUAACGAGAUCCACGAGGUCCUUAAUAGAACCGAAAACCACCACGGAACAGGAUGAUCCGCCUGAUGAAGUUGCAACUUUCCAUUCGGACGCAACGAGACGCGGCUCCGAUCUCUACAGUCCAGAACUCAACCUCGAAGCUCACCGUACUGCUCAAGAGGUUUACAAUAGCCUGCAGGAUCCUCCGGCGUCGCCACUGCUCUUAAGAGACCUCAGUCAAGAGCCUUAUCCCUACAUGUCGGAUCCAAGCUUCACGAGAACUUCUGAGGACAUUUUCAACAGCAUCGAGCAGAGGAGAAAAAGUAUGGAGAGACUGAACGGACUCCACGAAGGGCAUUUCGAGAUGGAGGGUCCAGAUGGUACUACGAGUAGACGGAGAAGUAGUCAAGACCUGUACGCGGCACUGGAGGAAGUCCAGUUGAAGAGAAGACUGUCUCAGAAGAACAUGUUCGUGUUUCAGAACAUCGACGAGCCUUUCGGGGUCGCUGGUUGGAUGAGCGGACUCGAACAGCUGGGAGUCGAUAGCACGGGCCAACCAAUUUUGAAUCGUCGUGGAUCCCAGCAAAGCCUGGAACCAGAGCCUCCGCCUGAUGAAUCGAACCUCAGGAGAGCUAUCAGCUGCGAAAGCGUUUGCUCCGACACGAGUGUGAAUCUCGGUGAUUUGGAGAACGCGACGAUGGUAGGUCACGUCUGCGUUGGUCUUGAGUACGAGCGCUGGGGCGGACGGGGUGCCGAUUGCGAGGGAGACUUGGCGGUCAGUGUUCUCGAGGCUCGCGACCUUGUCGCACCCGAUGGACGUCCGGCUCAGGACACCCUCGCCAGAGUGUGUCUCCUGCCGGACCGAGAAACUCAUGUACAAACGAGGCUUUACCGGAGUUCACCAUCGCCGAGUUACCAGGAAAAGUUUUUGUUUCCCCUCGACGGUGGGCCAAUUGGAAGGACUCUCCUCGUCCAGAUAUUCUCGGUCGAGAUAAGCAUAGGAGGAGGAGCUUCCCUCCUGGGGGAAGCUAGUUUGAAGCUCGGUCCAGCCGCCAGACCUCCGGCGACAACGUGGCUCCCACUAAUCGGUCCUGGCGCUCUCCCUUUCCCAUAUCACGGAGAACUCAUGUUCUCACUGAGUUACCUCCCCACUGCGGAGAGACUAACAUUGGUCGUUGUCAAGGCGCGAAAUCUUCGAGGCGCGAACCCCAGUGUGCCAGGAGACUUCUUCGUAAAAGUCUACCUUCUACAGCAGGGUAAAAAGAUGCACAAGAAGAGGACCACGGCGAAGAAGGGCGAGAAGAGCCCCAUAUUUAACGAGGCAAUAAUAUUUAGCGUUCCUCCACACGCUCUCCAGACCAUCCAACUGAGGCUAACCGUUGCCGAAACGGACCCGACCACCCAGAGCACUUCGAAGGCCUUCUCGGUCGGUCACAUAAUCGUCGGUUCGACAGCAAAUGGAAAGUCUCUCGCUCAUUGGAGACACAUGCUCGCUGCAUUGAGGCGUCCUGUGGCGAUGUGGCACCCGUUGAGAAAAUGAGUCUCGUUAAAAAUACUAUCAUAAUGUAUAACGUACAUGCAGUUUAUCAGUCCUCGCCGCCCACAAAACUACGUGCUCAAAAUGACUUUCUUCAUAUGUUCAUUCUACCGAGGAAGAUGGAGGGGAAGCAAGAGAGAGAGAGAGAGAGAAACAAAGAGUUAUGAUAAGGAUUGUGACGCGAGCACAAAGAAUUUAGAACGCGAUUAUUCGACACGAGGAAGCAGAGCAAGAUCCUCGUUCGAAUAAUGAAAAAAACUCGCGUUUACAUCGUUCCGUAUACAGUAUUAUUGUUUUCACGUGUAUAUUGAUACAGCUUGUUGUGUAUCUACUUUGCAGAUCGUAUGUUCCGAUAAUCCAUUGCGAGUAUUCACGGAUCCGCUCUCCGUGGCUUCCUCAUUCAUAUUAUUUUCCAUUUUUUAUCAGUUUCCUAUUGAGAAGGUUCGUCAGUUAGAUCGAAUUGAGAACGAGGGCGCGCGUGCUGCUUCGGUGCAAUGUGCGGCCGGUAGGCGACGAGACAGCGGCAUUCCCCCACGAUGGAACGAUCUGUCGAGUGAUGAUGGAGCUUCCGUGAACCACAACCCUUCGGUUGUGGUGUAUCUAUUUUUCGAAAGCCAAUGGUGGCAGACGCUGUGCGAAGCCAGGUUGAAAAUGCUGAUUUUCAAUUCUCCUUUCCUCCUGGAACAUACGGUAGUUGGAAAUUGAAAAAUAAUUCAGAUCGUUUCGUUGCUUAGAUAGAAAUUACGAAAUAUUGUCUUUUAUUACUUACACGGGCAUCGGUCCGAUUGGCGAACCUGCUCAAAUGCGCGUGCGUACACGCUCCAAAUGACCGUUCUACGUGAGCCUUUGAAUGAAUUCGUCGUUAAAACAUGUGAGCAUCGCGUUGCGACUCUCCCUUUCUCGUGAAAAUUUUCCUUGUAGAAUGCCCCCGAUGUGUGGCAUCGAUUGACACGGAUUACGGGAAAAUGGAACCUCGAAGAGGCCUGCGGAACAAAAAAUAAAUGAGAGAGAGAGAGAGGGAGAGAGAUAUUUGCUAGAAUUUAAUGUUGUUGUUUCCAAUGGAAUGUUAACGUUUGUACAGAGUUUAUUAGCUAACGCAUCCGACCGUGCAAAAUGUUUUCUAAUUCGUCACGUUGAAGCUCGGAUCCAUGUAACUUUCGUAAUCGAGUGUGCAUGCUGUGUGUACAUGAGUGUGAGACUGUUGGACGAAAGAGUGAGAAUUUCAAAGGUGGGCACCGCUCGAUAACUUUGAAAAGCAAAUUAACCGCUCCAUCGUCAUUAUUUUUCGAGUGUAUUCGACAAAAUACAUUUUUUCAAUCUUCACUUUCACACUUUAGAUAGAAUUCUUCAAAUUCUCUGUAUUGACCUGUAGACACCGCACUCACUUUGAGCUCACUCACCACACUGGUGCAAAUUUGCACUUGGACUUUUCAAAAUUUUUUAUUUCAUCCAUGAAUUCAUGGAAUUAAUCUUACAGCGAGACUUUUUAGGGGUAAUUCCCUAGUAAUCGAUUACAAUUAUUAAAGAAAUUGGAAAAUAAAGUUUUAUUUUAGAAAAGGGCCAAAUUGAGAAAGGAAUUUUAAAGUUCUAGACACUUGAAGUAUCCGUGGAUGGAAAAUUUGCACCAAUGCAGUGUCUACGGGUUAAUACCGAAAGAAAAACAUUUUUCAUUCGUACAAAUUAACACGAAAUAAAUACAAAACUUAUUUUAAUUUCUGACGGCAUGAGACAAAAGAUAAAGUGCAAUAAUCAUUAUUGUCAUUGCCCUCGACUCGAUACUCUGGCUUUAACAAUUCCAAGUUCACAAACUAUUUCACUAAUGAGCCAUAAGAAGAUCACCAAGAUGCAAAAUGAAUUCCGAUCGAAUUGAUAAUUUUAUAUCGUUAAAACUCAAGCGUGUGAAUUAAUAAUUUAAUAAAUUCCAUUUCCGAAUAUCAUAGCCUCUCGAAAACGAAUGAAACCGUUAACGUUUACGUUUUCGUUUUUUUUCCAAAGAACCGAGAGAUGCCCAUGUCUGAUGGUGAAAACACACAUAGAUCAAUUCAACAAGUUGGCGACACACCGCUUUUUCUCAUCUCCGCAUAAGAAAACAUCUCUACACUGCUUUUAUCCAUUCCGCUAAAAAUAUUACAAGUUGUAACCGAUUGUACCAUUUUUAUGUUUCCCCAAUACCAAAUUCUAACUCUUUGAACGAAAGAAGAAAAAGUCUCAAGCUAAAAUUCAUAAUUUCGUUGAAUUAACAACAACAACAACAACAAAAAUAAGGAAAAUAAGAAAUCGGGGGCUCUAUUACUAGAGAAUUGAACAUUUGUCAUGAGGCAAACGAGUCUAGAAACGAAACUGAUGAAACGAGCCUUGCCCAGCCCCCCUACCCACACACCUCAUAGCCUCUAAUUAAUCUAUAUACUAUACUAUACACUGUAACACUUUUGUACCUCUUCAUACACCAUUAACUGAAAUUAAACCUCUAUACAUACAUAUUAUAUAAACGAAAAGGCAAAAAAAACUACAACAAUUUAUUACACCGUUAUCUAUGUACGUACACGUACAUGUAUGCCUUCAAAAUGCAUGUGCAUAUAUGAACGUAAUAACGAAACAAAUUUUACAUGCUACUAUACAAUUUUUUCCAUUGACAAAUGAUAAAAGGGGAGAGCAAAAGAAAUCACAUCGGUAUGAAUAAUCGAAAGCAUUAAUCAGGUUUUUUCUAUCGCCAACUACUAUGGGACUAAUAUCGCUGAAAUACUUUCAUUCGAAUCUAUUUAAAAAUAUACAUAAAUAUAUAUAUAUAUACACUCUACUAUGAAAAUAAGCAUUACUAUACGAUUGGAAAUGAAUAAUUGAAAAAGAGAGAAAAAAGCAAACAAACAAAUUAUUUGGGACGAUUAAGCAGAAUAUCACUAUCGAUAGAAUGAGAUGGAACAGGGAGAAUAAAUAUUCAUGCAUCUCAAUCACGAUUCGAUGAAAAUGAGUGGGUUUGAAUAACUGUCUAUUGUUGCAUAUCGAGUCGCACUGGCCGCAGACGAUAAAACGAGUAAAAUUAUUGGCCGAGAGAUGUAACAGGGUUCAAUGGAUGCCAGAUUCCCCUGCGGUUCGAACAGAUUUCAGGGAAACGUGGGAAAAUAUAAGUGGGUCGAGAUACGUUCGCAGACUCGAUGCCCCUGUCCGCGCGAAUUUCGUUAACAUGCACACGCCGUGGAUCCAUCUGCUUCUGAACGAGCGCUCUUAAAAUUACGCGUUUCUCGUAUUAUCCUCCGGCGGAGCCACUCCGCAGUGGGCAGGAACCCAUCUGCGCGGUACGAAGCACGCGACGCGGCUCAGCCAAUGUUGUCAGUCGUCGCAGGACAGCCGCAGCGUCAAAUACGCUCUGCGCAAGUGAAACUCGCCGAAUAUCUGAAAAAUAUUCAAAGAAUCGUGAAAAAUUGAGGCGACUGAGGGCACGAGGUUCGUGCGUGCGAGAGAAAUAACCGUGAAAGUAGACGCACGGUUUCCUUGAAAUUGAACGUUUUUUUUGGGUAGUGGAACAAUCGAACGAGCGGUUAAAUUUGAAGUGGGAAUCGUUCAGAGAUUUCGAAGAUUAUUGGCGAACUCGACAAACUUAGGAUCGACCUAAUGAAAAUGAUUUUUAAGGUGGUACGAUUUACGACAGCCCUUUUUCAGGAGGUCCCAUUCGAGUGAAGCACGUGAUUGAGUUGUCACGAUUAUUGAGAACAAAGGCCCGUGAAAAUAGGAAGUGAAGAUGCUCGAGGAAUUGAUAUUCUGCGUACAUUUACCUUGCUGUUCCAACCAUCUUGGAAAAGUUAACGUGAAAGAUUGAAAUGUAAUCAGAAUAUGCAAGUUUCGAAACAGAAUUAGGAAAGAAAAGAUCAAUAAUAUAACGUCAACCUUCACGCGGUUAACCUCUCAAUCUUACUGUACAGAUUUUUUUUCGCUGUUGGCCAGAUCAAUCCCGGCCACCAGAGUGGUCCGGAUACGUGAUCGAUUGAAAUAAUUUUUAGAUCGAAUGACAGAUAGAAAAGUAAAGAAAAUAAGAAGAGAGCAAAGAGUGAUGACAAUAAUAGAGCGUCGCAGCCCGUUCCACAAUUAAUAACACUAUCUUUAUAUACCUCUCGUCGUACAAAAUCACAAUGUUACCCUUUUUCAUUCGCUCUCGGCAUAACGAGCAAGCAAAAUCUGCUGGUUCUGUGAGGUGAUGUCAUUACGAGGAAAAUGGUGUAUUAAAUCAUUUCUCCAUAAUAAUUUUCACCAUUUUUAUCGAAAUUAUAUUUUCAUACAAUUUUAAAAAUGGCUAAAAGUUUUCCAUUUUUUUCGGAUCUCCAGAAGAUAUCGGUUAUGAGGAAUAGCGUAAUGUUUGGUCAGGAAUACGAAGAGUGAUUGAAAAGUCACGGAAACAUUGAAUCGCGUCUUCGGUGUGGAUUGAAAUACUCGUAAAAUGAAUCGUCAUUUCGGAUCGCCCAAAAGUUGCAACUUAGUUUUUUGUUUCGAAUGACAAUCAGCGAUUGCAGGGGUUUAUUUUCUCACGUAUAAAUAUACGAACUUACAAAACGUAUUUACGCAUAUUUAUACAGCAAUUGUAAUUGCGGAACGGGCGGCAAAAUCACGCGUAGCCGUCGCACGAAUGCAUGUUGAUGAACGAGAAAAGAAAAGAAAACAAAAAAACAAAACUUAAGCGCGAGAGAGAUACUCUAAUACUCAAAUUGUUUUAUAUUUUUGUUACGCCUCUCUGUGAUAUGAUACGGGCACAUUCAGCACACACACAAACACACAAACACAAUCAGCUCUGUACAUUGGACAUGACGCGCGUGUAAUCGGAAAAUCGAUGAAAAUAAAUAAUUAUAUAUAUAUAUAAGUAUAUUGGGAGAAUGACAAGUUGGCGAUGACGGUGCGCCCAUGAGAAGAUACGCCUCGUUACAUAUACGCCUUUCUUCCUACAGUUACAUUCGAUCAUUUUAGAGCCUCAUUCGUCGCCGUCACAUUACGAUACACACUAAGGCUAAUUCUGGGUCAAAAAGUCUGGUAAUAUUUUUUUUUCAACGAACUUUCUCAUGAGGAGAUUUUUGGUAAAUAGUGUACUGCGUGCUAGUCAAAUGAGAGCCAAAUUUUUGCAAUGGCAUCGUAAGCGAAGUCUCAUCGCUGACUAACGUAGUUUUGGUGGAUUCGUAUCGUUACAUGCGUUUUACUGACAAAAAACCGGUCUAAACAUUCUUGGAAAAAUAUUGAUGGAAAUACAUCGGAAAUUUACAUUUACCAGUGGAGGGUUUCGCAAGUCCAUUUCUAUUUAUAUUUUUUGAGGUUACGGGACAUAUCGGUUGACAAAUUCACCUUCAGCAUGGUCAGUUCGUGCGUGUAGUGAAAGACUUGAAAAUCUAGCACUCAUUUGACAAAAGCAUGGAAUGUAGUAUCAAUCUUGGAGUAUUCAAGUUCGUGCAAUCCUCUUAUUUCGUCGGGCAUAAUUUCGAAAUGAUCGGAAUAAAGGACAAGACCGUAGAGCGUACGAAACACAUUUGAUCAAAACGAGUCAUAAUGAAAGUUGAAAAAAGUCUCGAUCAGGACCGGGACUUCGAGUGGACAAGUGCACGAGACCCAAAUUGAGUUCUAAUGGUACCGUUUUUCAUUCGUGCCGACUCAGUCCCAAGCGAGAUCUUUUUUGCGACUGACCUUUGAAAAAAUCCCGGUUCAAACCUAAUGAGGGUAAAAAGUAACGUUUCGUACUUAAUUUGGGUCUCACCUGUUCACUCAACUCCCAAAUUAAACCAAAACUUCAAGCUACCUUAAAAACGCUGGACGUCAACACGACUUUCCGAAGCCACCGACUCGGGUCGUGUAGGAAGUGUCAGCUCUUUGUGCGCUUUGGCGGCUCUAUUAUCAACUGCACUUCGGCAGCAUGUGUGAUGGAGAACGCGUAUGUUCGAAUUAUAUAAAAUAAUUUAAAACACUAUGUGGAAAACCUGAUGAAAUAAUUACGAGAGUUUUUGACUUCGAAUUCAAGUUCCAGUUUAAAACGACGAUUCGUGGCGAGUCUCCGAAAUGUGUAUGAACAAGAGAAAAUGUAUUCCAGUAUAAAAAUGUUGAUCUUAUGAUACACUUACCACCACGCAAGUUCAUUUUCGCAUACGUGUGGAUGACAAAAUCCGUUCACAGGAUCUGUUAAUCGACCAUCGACAGUAUGCUGUCACUGUUACAUAGAAAUUAAAAUCAAUUUCGAAAUUCGUCAUUACUUGUCCGAUUCAUGAAAUUUCGACGGUUUAUUGGUAAAUGUACUUUUUUCUCGAUCGAUGCGACCUCGGCAGUUAAUUUUUCUGAGGAUAAACAAGUAACACAGUAUCAUAAAAAAUCUGAACUUCGGUCAAUUUCCAAUCGUCGAAUGAAUGAUUAAUAUUAUUUAAUCCCGGUAUGUUUCCACCCGUUGUUUGUCACUUCCUGCAAGAAACUCACGAAAAUAUUUGUUCGAUCUAGUCGUUUCCCCCACCCCACAUCGCAAAAUCGGCACGCGACCUCUGGCGGCAAACGUGUACUGCUCGUCCAGAGGUCGCUUUAUUCGCAAGAACAAAAAACGCGGGUAUUUUGAAAUAUCAAACACAACCGCCUAAAAUUGGUUUUCUACACGACACGCAUAAGAGGAAGCGACCAACUUUGAAAAUUAAUGUUUAAGUUGAUUAUAUGUAAUACUGAACUUUCAAGUGUAUUCAAGUCUCGAGAAUAAUCACGGACGAAUUGUAACUUGUAACUACAAUAUAAUAACGAUCCUCAUUGUGCACAUUUAUUUGAUGUAGUUUGUCGUCGUUUAUGUAAAUUUCUUCCUUUAUGUGUUGUUGAUUCGUCGUAUUGUGAAAACAGCGAAUAUCCCUCGAUUUUUAUAACGGAAUAUUUCUCUAAAGAAGAAUGAUCGUCUUGGAAAUGUCAGAUCAUAUAAAAUUGGGUAUUUACGUGACCAUAGACUUUUCUCACCCUGCGUCAUUUUCAACGAUUCAACUAGCGCGCUCAUCGCCAAUCCCAAGAACCACUAGAAACCGAAAAAAUCUCGCGUGAGCUCAAUCUAAUGUUCGUGUAUCAGUGUACACACGAGAAUGAUGCAACGGUUUUUUAACAAUGGUCGAAUUGUUGCCAAGGUUGCUGUUAUCGAGUAAUAAUGGUUUCAAUCCAUAUAGGCGUAUAUGCAGGACGAAGGGUUUAUAAAUUCAUUGCAACAGAGGCGAAACAACUAAACAUGUACUACAUCAACAUUGUAAAUCAACGUUACGAUAUUCUAUUUACACGAAUUCGUUCAUUGUAUAACACGGAAACGAAAGAUAUUCGAUCAGAAAAAAAAUACAAAUAUAUUUAAAUCAA